GCUGCUGACAGGUUGUCGAGUGUUCUGACCUGCUUUCUCAGUGCUGUUUGACGAUGACCUUCGCUGUUUGGCAUAGCCUUGGACUCUUCUUUCGUAUGCUCUAGCCCUAGAGCUUUGUUCCUAUCUCGUCCUAGAUUUCGGUUUGUUUGGCUGGUGGGGUACAGCGUGCUCUGUUCUGAUUUGACGUUCAAGCAGAGACGUUCAGGGAUUGCCGGGACUUCCUUUUCACGCUUUUUAGCAGGAUAACUGGUCACUUUCAAAAAUGGAAGGUCGAUCCCCUAUACUCCGUGAGGGUGCUCCGAUUAUGUUCAAGUCCCCUAGUCUUUAUCCCAAAUCUCCCGCCUUUAUUCCGUUCGGCGCCAACGAUGACGAGCUGGAGAAGCGGAAGAUUAGGGAGGAACGUCAGGCUGCUCAGCGAAGGUUAUUCGCAGACCGUAUGAAAGAAGCGAAUAAGAAGCGUUCUAGCUGCGACCCUCAAGAGAUGUCUGGAGAUUCGCUCCUCAGCCUGUAUCAGAACUGUACUAGGCUGGCGGCUGAGAAUAAAAUCACUCAGAAGAACACAUGGGAUCUCGACCUUAUCGAUCACAUGACGGAGAUUGUCAUGGCCGACAGCGAGAAGGAUACGGAAACCAACUUUCAGAAGGCUAGCUGCACGCUGGAGGCUGGCGUGAAGAUCUACUCGACCCGAGUCGACUCUAUUCAUUCCGAGACGUACAAAGUGCUCAGCGGUCUGACGCGAGCAGGCGAUACAGGGGAUGAUGAAGACGGUGCGGACCAGGGAGAAGGCAGCGGCAGCCGACGGGAGUCACAGAAGAAGCUGCCUGUGACGUCCAGCACGCUGGAGGAUAAUCCUGACCAGAUCAAUGUCAAGAAGCUUGAGCGUGCAAUUGUCACGGACCCACUCUUCACGAAAACGUCGGGUCAAUUCGAUGAGGGGCGGAGCAAGUGGAUUGCUCCUGUACAAUCUCCCCGUGUUCAACGGCUGCGAGAUCAUGUUUGAUUCGGAAGCUGUCGUCGUGGACCCUUUACGCACGCAAGGAGAGGAGAGGGCGAAGGAGUAUGUGGACAUCUCUUUCGCAUCUCGCGAAGUGGAGCACCUUCUAGGCAUGCAUGACCCCGAGAGCUGGGAGGUCACUCCGUCCAUCUCUGCUCUCUACGACCUCGCUGAGACCACCGCUGGAAGGCAGCCGUUGGUGCCAUGGAUUCUUCUCAUGACGCCGAUGCGAAUGUUGCCAAGAACGGAGAUGCUUUUAAGGGUUUUGAUGGAGGGAACGAUCCAGUGGGUGGGGUGGGGGGUUCCUUUCCUCCUGGGGAAGAGAAUGACGACGGUUCUGUGGUCGAUUUUGGUGGUGGUGAUGAUGGGUGGAACGACGACGGGUGUGGGUUCGGUGGUGGUGCUUCAUUUCCUGGUGCUCCGGAGAUGGUACCAGCUGGGGAUUCUGAUGGGGAGAGUGAAUCUUCUGGUGUUGAUGAUGGCAUGGACACCGCGGAUUGGCUGGCUGCUGGGAUGGGUAUGACGAGGCUCAAAGGGAACAACGCAUGGGCUGGUCCUAAGCACUGGCACUUUGUUAAGUCCAAGGAGGAGGCACCUGCAGCCGCUCCAGAGCCCAAGGGGAGGAAGAAGAGGGCAGCAAAGGCGGAACUGAUCGACUACUCAGACCCCAAGGUUGACGAGUCGUUGUUCCAGGCUCCCAAGGCGUUGAAAGAGAUUCAGUUGACUAGGCUGGGCGUAAGGUGGUGAAUACUUUGCUGCCGAAGGACUAUCACUACGAUGGGAGGAAGUUUGCUACUGUUUUCAUGAGCCCAGAUUGGAGCUUCCUGGCUCGGAGGGCCAAGGGGGUGGAGGAGCGAGGCAGAGGUUUGGGGGUGAUGCAGGCUUUGAGAACGGUGCAGAUGGGGAAGGGUUUGCAGGUUUCGGUGGUGGAGAUGAUGGGUGUGGGAAUGGCUGGGGAGGAGACGAAUGUGCUGAUCCGUUUGACUAUGGGGAUGAUUUCGAUGGGCAAGCGGAUGCAGCAGAGGCCAGGCCAGCAGAUGCCUUGAUGGAGGAUCUGGUGCCGAUGCCAAAGAAGGCGCAGAAGAUUGACGUCAAUUACGCAAGGCAGUCAAAGCAGGUGGAUGUGAAGAUUCUGAAAGACACGAUCUGGGUGGAGCUGAAACGCCACCAGAUUUACUACAAAGAGGAGAAGGAGCGGGAUGAGCGAUCCACUGGCACCGGCCCGAUCAGCUUCGAUCGGGUGCUCCACAAUUUCCCUGCGGAUUGCAAGGCGGCUGCGCUGAGUGACAUUUCAGUGCACCUGUGCUUUAUCUGUGUGCUCCACCUGGCGAACGAGCACGAUUUGAGCUUGCAUGCAUCGGAGGAUAUGAACGAGCUCAAGGUUCGCCUCCCUGUAGAGGUAUAGAGCAGAGACAAAUGCUUAUUGCUUCUUACAAAUUACACACUCCUGUGUCGCUAGCUUUGGUUGUCAA